UUCAUUUCAGUUUGCAACUUGAAGAUUUAAUAAUGCAAUAACAAAAUUUAAAAAAAGUUUUUAAAAAAACAGUAAUAUUUAUGUGCCGCCGUAAAAAAUGACUUCAAAACAUAAUAAUGAAGAUUCAUCAGUAUCACUGAACGUUGUUUCAAUAUUAGGUGCAUUUAUUUUGACAAUAUGCACCUUUUAUUUUUGGGGUUUCUUAAUGGCACUGUUAUUAUUUGUACCAUACGAAUUAUUAAUUAGAAAUAAAGAAUGGUUUUAUAUUUUUUAUAAAACAUGUCCAAGAGAUUUCAAGAUUAUAGUUCGAUAUCUGAAAUUUAAUAUUUCGUAUUUUUUUUGGCAUCGACAAACUCGAACAAUUACCAAUCAAUUUAGAAAGAUUGCAAGCAAAUAUCCGAAUAAACCUGCAUUUAUUAUUGAUGAUCGACAAAUGACAUUUAAUGAGGUGGAGUUAUUUUCAAAUCAAGUAGCACGCUAUUUUCAAGAACAAGGCUUUAAAAAGGGCGAUAGUGUUGCAUUGUUUAUGGAAAAUAAGCCAGAAUAUGUGUGUUUUUGGUUAGGUUUAUCAAAAAUCGGUGUAAUUACUGCAUUAAUUAAUAGUAAUUUACAAAAAGAUACAUUAUUACAUUCAAUAACAUGUGCAAGUUGUAUUGCUGUAAUUUACGGUACAGAAUUAAAAGCUCAAUUCCAAGAAAUUCAAUCUCAAUUGAAAGAUGAUAUUAAAAGUUAUGAAUUUGAUGACAUCGUUACUGUUAAAACAACAUUUACAAAAGAUUUACUGGCAACAUCAAGUGAUUCGUUAGAUUGUUUAAAUAUAUGUGGACCAUCCGAUAAAUUGGUAUUCAUUUAUACAUCUGGGACAACUGGACUACCAAAGCCCGCGGUUAUUAGAAAUUCAAGGUAUUAUUUUAUGGCAGAAGCAUUUCGUUCAUUAGCUGCGUUAAGAACCAAUGAUAUCAUUUAUGAUCCAUUGCCAUUAUAUCAUUCAGCUGGCGGUGUCUUAGGUGCUGGGCAAGCACUUUGUUAUGGUAUUACUGUUGUCACACGUAAAAAAUUUUCAGCAUCUAAUUUUUGGAAAGAUUGCAUUAAAUAUAAUUGCACGGUAAGCCAAUACAUUGGUGAAAUAUGUCGUUAUUUGUUGACACAACCCGAACGCCCCGAAGAUAAACAACAUAAAAUUCGUCUAAUGUAUGGAAAUGGUCUACGUCCACAAAUAUGGGAAGCAUUUAUAAAACGAUUCAAUGUAAAAAUUAUUGAAUUUUAUGGUGCCACUGAAGGAAAUUCAAAUAUCAUGAAUAUUGAUUCAAAAAUUGGUGCUGUAGGAUUUGUACCUACCAUACUUAAAAUACCAUAUUUAAAAUCAUUAUAUCCAGUGAAUUUGUUAAAAUGUGAUGAAUAUACUGGUGAAAUAAUACGUGAUAAAAAUGGUUUUUGUAUACCAUGUAAAGUGGGUGAACCAGGUGUGUUUGUUGGAUUAAUUAAUCCAAAAAAACCAUCAUCCGCAUUUGAAGGCUAUGCCAACAAACAAGAUAGUGAACGUAAAAUAAUUCGAGAUGUACGAAGAAAGGGUGAUAUGUACUUUAAUUCUGGUGAUAUUUUAGUUAGUGAUAAAUUUGGUUAUUACUAUUUUAAGGAUCGAACUGGUGACACAUUUAGGUGGCGUGGUGAAAAUGUUGCGACAUCUGAAGUUGAAGCUGUUAUUAGUAAUGUGGCUGGCUUAAGCGACUGUGUUGUUUAUGGUGUAGAGAUUCCAAAUGUUGAAGGCAAAGCUGGUAUGGCAGCAAUUGUUGAUACAAAUAAAUCAAUUGACUUAAAAGUGUUGUACGAGGGUGUGAAAAAACAUUUACCAGCGUACGCACGUCCAUUAUUUAUACGAAUUAUGAAUGAAGUACCAAUGACUGGUACAUAUAAAUUAAAGAAACGAGAUUUACAAAUUGAAGGCUAUGAUAUUACAAAAAUAACAGAUGAUAAUAUUUAUUUUUUAUAUAAUAACGAAUAUACAUUGUUAACAAAAGACUUAUACGAUAGUAUUUUAAAUGGACAAGCUCGAUUAUAAUUUUCUUUUAUAUCAUAAAUAAUUAAAAAA